AUGUAUCGCCUACUAUUUUCCUUACUUUCAUUAUUUUCCUUUGCUGCCUUUCUGGAAGCACAGUGGAAACUGAGGGAAAAUGUGUAUGUCAUAGAAUCAGAGUGGAAUGAUGAGACACAAGGUAAAAGAGUGGAGCUCACCUGUGAUUCACCUUACGAAGUUUACUGGAAAAAGGGCACCGAAGUGAAAGGAACUGGAAAGACUCUGAUUGCUGAAGUGAAGGAGUUCCCAGAUGCUGGCAACUAUACCUGUCUGACAACUAAAACUGAUGAAAUUGUCACCUAUAAUUUUUUCCUCAUAACUAAAAUCGACUCCAAUGGGCAAAUGAUAAGGUCAAUUCUGAAAAGCUUUAAAGAGCCAAGCAGGACAUUUCUAAAAUGUGAGGCAAAGAACUACUCUGGAAUUUUCAUGUGUUCAUGGAUGACAGAAAAUGAGAGUCCAAACGUGAAGUUCACAAUCAGAAGUCUGCAAGGCUCUCAAGGAGACAUAAGCUGUAGCGCCCCUGUAGCUCACACUGGUAAAUCAGUAACUGAAUACACAGCCCAGUGCCGGAAAGAAAACUACUGUUCAUUUGCUGAAGAGCACCAGCCAAUUGAGAUGUUUCUGGAGGCCAUUGAUGAAGUGGAAUAUGAAAACUACACUACCAGCUUUUUCAUCAGAGAUAUCAUAAAACCUGACCCACCCCAAUGUCAUUAUGUGGCCUCAAGUGGAAAAGUGACAUGGACGUAUCCCGGAACAUGGAGCACCCCAAAGUCCUACUUCCCUUUGACUUUCAGGGUCAAAGUUGAAAGUGCAAAGAAACACAAAAUCCAGUUCUAUAGUACUGAUGAGCAGUCUCUUCAGAUUCCAAAUGCCGGGCCAAAAGACAAGAUCAAGAUCUCUGUGCAAGCCAGGGAUCGCUAUUACAGCUCAUCCUGGAGUGAGUGGUCUACAUUUUGCAGGUAA